GCUAAGAAAGUGCAAAGUUAGCGGUGCACGGUGCUCGUGCUCUUCCCGCCCUCCCUCUCUCUCUCCAUCACUCCGCGAGGAGGGGGGGGACUUGUGCUCACGUGCACUCGCUGCGCGCCCCCAUACAGUUGAACAGAGGGUGCAAUACAUAAUUCAGUCCCAGCAAGGGAACACCCCAGUCUCUCCCCUCCUGCCAACUGGAGCCGCGGAGCUGCAGCCUCUCACACAGCCCGCGGACAGACACUUCGAUGCGGCGGUGUGCUCCGGAGCGGAUGGAGGAUCAACCUUGGAGAAGGACGAACGCUGUGGUUGUUUGCAUGACUUCCAGCGGCUGAGGAAGGACAGGGCAGAGCGAGGAGGAGCAGACUGACGCUGGUGAUCUUCAGGAGACGUAAACAUUGCCAUGCCCAGCUUCAUGCACCACCUCCCCCGAUCCGCAUCCUCCUCCUCCUCCUCCGGUCCAGGACAGAGGGCUGUGUUUAGGAGGAUAACAGAAUAAGAAGACGACGCCGCUGUCGAAGGUCGAUAUUUUGGAGACGUGGUGAAGUUGUGUUCGGGAUAGGAGGCUGCGGCGGGCCACGCUCUGCACUGUAGGUAUCCUGCAUCCUGACUUUGCUGUGUCCGUGUUUUGCGGCCAUGCUGCAGGCAGCAUCCUCCGACCUGUUCCCGACCUGAGCUUCACUCUCUGGGAUUAACAAGUUCCCAAAAGCAGAAAACAAGCAGUUCCACUUCUGAAUGUUUUGGAGUAUUGUUUUGUACUGUUGGAACAUCCACUCCUCUGUGUAACUGAGUGAUAAUGAACAUUUUCAUGUUUGGAAUUGUAGUGCUUCACACUGCAGGCUUUUAGAAAGAUGUGAUCAGCUGCAGGCAUUUUAAUUAGCAGAGUAUCUCAGACAUUAAUCAAACCUGCCUCUGCAUGAGUGCUCGGUGGGACCGGCCUUGUUACCACAGUUCACGUUAACUCCUGCGCCAUGGGUGCCAAGCAGACCAAAGGCCAGGAGCCUGGAGGGGCCAGCCCUCAGCACAGCUGGAAACGGACGCCCACCAAGGAGCGGGGCGACAUCUUGGCUUCCCUCAUGCUGAAGUCAGGGGACCGGCUGAGCCGUGGCGGGACGCCGCCACCCUACCAACGCCGCAUCAGCAUGAUCCAGGAGAUGAUGCUGAUGGCCAAGCAGGGCAAGCAGGAUGAGGCCACGGAGAUGCUCAAGACACUCCGACAGGAGGGCGACUCUCUCGGGGCCAUGGAGAAGGUUUGUCGUCAGCUGACCUACCAUCUCAGCCCUCACUCUCAGUGGAGGAGACAGGGCCUGCUCAAGAGGAAACCUCAGGCCUGUUUGAAGGCGGUGCUGUCGGCCCCUCUGUCCAGUGGGGCGUUGGAUCUGUCCGGUAUCCCUCUAACAGCUCGGGACAUGGAGCGGGUGUGUGCACACCUACAGCGCCACGCGUGCACUGUGGUCAGCUUGGAGCUGGGCUUUACCGAGCUGACGGACGAGGCGUUCCUCCUGCUGCUGCCCACGCUGGCCUCCCUGCCGCACCUGGAGACCCUGGCACUGAAUGGAAACAGGCUGACCAGAACUGUUCUGAAGGAGCUGACUGACGCCCUGAAGGAUCCAGGCAGCUUCCCCAGCGUGACAUGGAUCGACCUGGGCAACAAUGUGGACAUCUUCUCCCUGCCACAGCCCUUCCUGGUCAGCCUGAGGAAGCGCUGUCCCAAGCAGGGAAACCUGCCCACCAUACUGGAGUUUGGAGAGAGCCAGGCCAGCGACCCCCCAGAGAGGCUGAGGGGGCUUGGGGAAGAGGAGGAGACGGACGACACCAACCGGACUGAGAGCAUGGGCGAGCUCCGGUCGGAGGUGGAGGAGGAGCUGGACGGGGAGAUGGAGAUAGAGGAGAUGAUGGAGGAGCUGCUGGACUUCGACAGGGAGGUGCAGGGGAAGGAGGACGAGGAGGAGAGCAUGUGGACGCUGGAGGAGCAGAGGAAGGUCGGGGGCAGGGGGAGGGGGAGGAGAGGUGAGCAGGAGGACGAGGGGAGAGAGAAGGAGGCGCAGAGGAGAGAGCAGCAGCCGGGGAGGAGAGCGACGGUGGUGGAGGACGAGGAUGACACACAGAGCCACUCCUCCCGCUUGUCCUGCUCCAGCCAGUCGCAGCUCUCCUUCGGAGCCGUUGAGCCAAUGAGAGUGGAGGAGGACGACUUACACGAGGUGACCGACCAAUCAGACCACUUGACCUGAUUGCCGCUCCCUGCUCCGCUCUGCUUAUGUUUCCCCUCCUGUGUCGAGUCCUGUGUGGAAGGAGGUGAGAGAAGACUUUGUGUCCUGCGGAGGCUAGCUGAGCACGCUCAAAGUCAAACAGGCUGCGGCGCUGGAAGGAUGUAAUCCAUAUGAACACGCCACUCGAUACUCCCUCCACUGAUCUGAUUUGUGACCAGCCGCCGCAGUGCUCAGAUACUGGCAGAGUCACAGCUAAACCCAGUGACUCCUGGUAAAUGUAACAUGAGAAGACAAUCCCCAACAGGACGUCUGUUUUAUCAUAACUGUCUGUUGUUUAAAGUACGAAUAGACUAAGGAUGCUAAUGCGUAGAAUAGACGGAUUCAUUAUAUCACGUGAGGCUUUUAUGUAUAGAAUGUUAACCUUUAUUCAGGUCCUUUCCUCCUGGUUACCCUGCUAAUACCUACAUGUGCCUGUGACACGUCCCAUUACUGGUCCCAGAGUGUGAGAUAAAAAGAGACCUAGAGAACAUAAAACAAGAGAUACACACAGACUAGUCAGGGCCCUUAAACCUUUUUGAGAAAUGUUUUCGCCAAAAACCUGAGAUGGAAAUAUAUAAAAUGUUUCCCUCCCACAUACAUAGAUGGCUAGCCAGAUGGAUCAGAAGAUAGGCAGGAAUCAGAAGUCAAGCCAACAGCUUCGAGAUCAGUCGCCUAUUGGGAGAUGAACAGAUGCACAUUGCUUUAGUGGAAGAGAAGUGCGCUGAAGACGAAAUUAGUCAGCUCAAACCAAAACAUAAAGAUGAUUUAGAAAAGGAUGCAGUACAGGCCUGAUGACUGUAAGGAAACAGUAAAACGUGUCCUGUUUUGGAAGGACAAGGUCUUGGCUGUAAAGUAGAUAAAUGUGAUAAUCGUGUUGCCAUGUGUCCCAUAGCAAAGUGCUGGGGUAUCAAGCUGAAAUAUUUAGUAGCCUUUCUCUCAUAAUCCAGGUCAUGUUUCUCUCCACAGUACUGUACACUAGUGUGUGUCACAUGCUUACAGUGCUGUGUUUAUAUAUAGGCCGCAGCUAUGAUCACAUUCACGUACGCUGUCCGCUGGGUUACAACAGAUUAUAUAUCCUUAUGCAGUAUGUAGCUUUCACCGGCCCGUGCUUUCCAUUCAUGUGUCACUUAUAGUUCAUGCAAAGCUUUAAGAAACAAGCUGUAUUUUUGGAUGUACGGUAUAUACAGUAUAUAUUGUUUUUAUCUGUGCAGGGGUGAUUGUUUAGAUUGUAGAUUAGCUAUUUAAAGAGGAAUACCACUCGAUUCCAGGAUAUAUGUUAUUUUUGUGGUCUGGGGUAGCAAUAUUGUACAUGAGUAAUGCUUAAACACUGGUGAAAAAGGCGAACCAGACUCUUAAUUUGUGUUCUGAAAAGGCACUGGGUGGAAAGCUUUUACUGAUAUGGAGAGGAGGACUUUGUUGAAUAUUAACUGAAGAAAGAAAGAAAGAAAGAAAUCAUCCUGGAGCAGUUAAAAAUGUAUAAAUGCAUGUAUACUUUGCCCAAUACAGCUGCUCCAAGAGCCAGUACAUUCAUCUCUGGAGCUGUUUAUGUGUGUGGCAUCAAAAAUGAAGGCCUUUAAUGACUGAUGCUCAUCAUCAGGUUCAUACAGUUCAUACAGAAAAGCAUGUUUGUCUAUAUAAAGAGAGGUCUGAGGACCAAGUUAUAAAUACUGAUCAGAUCUUUUUUUUACAUUUAGGAGGAUCUAUCAGCAGAAAUGGAAUAUAAUAUGUAUGUAUGAAAAUAGGUAUCCUUGUGUUUUUGUUACCUUAAAACAAGGCUGCGGGUCGCCUUCCAUGGAGUCUGCCGUGUUGAACUGCAAUGUUUUCUGUAGUAGCCCAGAAGGGACAAACAAAACACUGGCUCUAGUUCCUCAGUGUAUCAUAGAAAAGCCAUUUCCCCUCUUAGGACAAUGAUUGAAUUGAAACCACAUUCUGAUGAGCUGAAGAUUAAUCUAAAGAAACUAAAAUAAAUUAAAAGUCUGAAAAGACCUGAUCAGUAAAAAUAACUUGGUUCAAGUAAGGUAUCAUUGAAAUCAAUGGAUAGGGCAAGGCAAACCUUAAAAAUGUAUCCAAUACAUUUUUAAUAGACAUCCAGAGACUUCACAGAGAGUUCCACAAAUUAACAUAUAUUCAAUUUUUAAAUGUAUAAAUUAAGCAAGACCUAUUUUGUAAUACGUCAUUGCAUAUUUGUGUAAUGAUUAUGAACAUAAUAAUUAUUGCUGCCCAGAAAAAAGUCUACUUCUAGACCUGUUUAUCAGUGGUUGACAAUGUGCGAAUCCCAUACAUGCCACCUGCACGCUCUCCAUACACCAAACAGUUCCCUCUCGCCUCAUUAACACAGACUCAACUGCAUGCAUUCAGCAGCAUUACACUGAAAGCUAAUUACAAAGAGAAAUGUCCCUUUAAGCUACCUUUACUAUAAGCUAAUAUUGCAUUGUCCCUUCAAAAUCAAUGAACCCUUUAAACCGAGACAGGCGGGUUGUGAUGCUGAACAGAAGUGGGCCGCUCAGCUGAGUGCAUCCUCACAGUUAAUGAGACAGAGAAAGAUUGUCCUUGAAAGCCACAGUGAUGUUCAGAAGCCAUUGUGGGAAGGAAGGACGUCAAGUAUUGAAUGUUGUAGUGAGUUCAGAUUGUGUUGUGAACGUUUGUAUACCAUCAGCUAUUGGUCAGUGUGGAUCGCUGGCUUUAGACGCAGUGUGCAGUCAUUUGUUGACCCGGUGUUCAGGGUCAAACUGACUUCAACACCAAGACCUCUUGUGGAAGACUAUUCUCAGGUUUUCUGUGGUUUUCUGCUCGCUACUAUAACAGGACGCCUUCCGGCAGCAGAGAGCGAGAGUUAGACGGUUGAGAUCAGAGUUAUGUGUACAUGUUUGUAAUGCACUGCUGAAGCCAUGCACUUUGUCUGCUUUUAUGUUAAGGUCACUGCAAAUCAAAGCAAAAACAGAUCACAACUGGAAUUAGACUCAUACAUCAGCAUAGAUAUGGGCUUUUAAUUUGAAACCUUUGAUGCGUCGCUCAGUGUCAUCCACCUUUUGAUAUAAGGGAUUCAGUGCAGUUUGAUCUCAAGCUGACCUUUUGGAGGUCAUUCACCUGAACCAACAGCUCAUUUUGAUCUGAUUUCACACAAGAAUGCAUGGUUUCUAAAACAGUUUCAAAGGUUGUCUGCCCUAACACGAAUAAAGUGUGUUUGCAACAUGGAAUAACUUUUUAUUUGUUUUGAAUUUAUUGCUCUGAAAAUGCUUGAAUAUAAACAUACAAAGAUUUUGCAAAUUAGCUUCAUGCCCUCUGUUUGUUGGUAUCACAUGAGAAUAUAGCUAAAAAGCUCACACGUGGCUCAGCUUUCCUUCAUUCACUGCGCCUCUAUGUUAAUAGUCUAUUUCAAAUCGGAGCCACGUUCCUAUUGUUUGGUGAUUUUCUCUCCCAGAGUGCUCUGUAGUUUCACCAGUGGCGCUUCAUACAGUGACUGAAGGCUCUCAGCUCUUCACUACAGGAAGAAUGAGUCCUUUCAUAUGUUGCAGUGAGACGAUGGUGUUUGCCUUGGACCCUAUUGGUUAAGAAUGCUUUAAGUGACCAGAGGAUGUGAGGAGAAGAUGCUGUGUAUGUCUCUCGCUUAAAGCCUCUGCUGAUAUAUCGUAAGAUGUCAAAAGAAACAUGGUAAUGUGAAUCUGAAGGCAUGAGUGUCUGUAGCCUUGAAUUUUUUCUCUCUCCAUGAAACUUUCUUGGAUAUGUAUUAUAAAGUAUUCCUCUGUAUUAUUCUCUAUACAGUAUCUUCUUCUGUCACUCUCCCCGUGGAUCUUUUAUCUUCAUGCCACUUCAUUGAAUGCUCUGUGCAUUCAUCUACACAUGAAAUUGUAAAAUGUAUUAUUUUCUGUUACACCAUGGAUCCCAAU